AUGUGGCGAGGAGCUCGAACUGGAGAUCGCCAAUGGUUAACAGAGAUUGGUCAAAGAAAAAACGAUUCAAAUUUGGAUAUCCAGUUCAUGGACUGGAAUCUGAGUUCUAUCAGUCCUCGUCAUUCCGAGAAUUUUAAAACGAUACAGCAGUUCUGCGAGUAUCAGUAUUUGCUACAUCAGGAAGAGUGGUCAUAUUCUAAUAGACUUAAAUACUUACUACUUUGUGGAUCUCCUGUUGUUUUUGCGCACUUUCGAGAAUGGGAAGAAUAUUGGUAUCAUUUAUUAAAACUAAAAAAAACAGCACUCAGUUAUACCCGCCAUUCGGCAACGAUGAUCAUCCAAUUUUUCCCNGAGUCUAAUGAACUUGAAGGUGCACGAAGCAAUGAAGGUGAUGAUGAAGAAAAUGAAGCUGAUAUGGAAGAAAUAGAUGAAGAUGUUGAUUAUGUCGAAUACGAUGAGAAAGCUGAUGAUAACAAUGAUAAUACGGCAAAUUAG